AUGACGAAUGACAGUGCUGGGCCGAAUCCAAUCGACGCGAAUGGCUUGUGUCUGUUAUCUCUCGACGGUGGCGGCGUUAGAGGAUUGUCAACACUGUAUAUCCUGCAGCGUAUAAUGCUCCAAUUGAGUCUUGAGCGCGAUGAUGGAAUUGUUCUUAAACCCUGCGAUGUUUUUGAUCUGAUUGGAGGCACUAGCACAGGCGGACUCAUUGCGAUCAUGCUGGGACGAUUAGAAAUGGGCAUUGAUGAAUGUAUCUUGGCAUACACCCAACUCAUGAGCUCUGUCUUCGGCGAGAAGCUCAACAACAUCCCAGUGGACUGGUCUGGGAACAUAAGGGGGCGAUACGACAGCCAGAGACUAAAAGCAGCAAUCGAGCAUGUUAUUGAGAAGGCUGGUGCAGCACCUGGAGACCUAAUGGACGACGGCACCCAGCGCCGUUGUCGAACUUUUGUGUGUACCACAGCCAAGGAUACCCUUCAGGUGACGCGACUACGAAGCUACCCAGCACCAAACAAGGAUACCCUUCCAGCGACAAUCUGCGAAGCCGCUCUUGCCACCUCUGCAGCAACCGGGUGUUUUGAGUCUGUGACGAUUGGACACCGCCAGUUUGUGGAUGGAGCCUUUGGGGCCAAUAACCCAGUCGAGGAAGUGGAGGAAGAAGCAGCGGAUAUCUGGUGUACAACUAGUCGCGACUUGAAACCUUUGGUCAAAUGCUUCUUGUCUGUUGGCACUGGUUGUCAUCACAGAACGCCCAUCGACGACAAUAUAUUUAAAUUCUCGAAGACCCUGGUUACGCUGGCGAUUAAACCAGAGAGCACGCAACGUCGAUUCAUGGCUCGCUGGAGUAAUGAACUCAAGGAGAAGCGGAUCUUCCGCUUCGACGUCGAUCAGGGUUUACAGGACGUUCAUAUGACCGAGUAUGAGAAGCGGAGUUUGAUUGAGUCCGUAACACACGACUAUCUUCACAAUGCUACCCAGAAAGGACGUAUCCGAGACUGUAUCUUGAAUUUGGCCGGCAAAGAGGGCAAAACGAACGUCGAGUUCGACCUUAUUAUGCAGGAAUAUGAAGCUCGAGUUCUCAGGAUGCAUGUUCUAAAGAAUUUACACUCGGUCAAGAAUCCGUUUCUACUGAACAAAGCACCAUGCUGGGCAGUUCCUUUUGAGCGAAACCCCAGGUUUGUUGAUCGGGAAGAAUUACUCGGGAAGCUCAAACGAAGAUUAUUUGCCCAGGGACAAUCACAGAGAAUUGGUAUAUUUGGGCUUGGAGGUGUCGGCAAGACUCAGAUCGUUCUUGAACUGGCAUAUCGGACGAAAGAAAUGUAUUCAGAUUGUGCCGUUAUGUGGCUUCCGGCAGUCGAUGUGGAGGCACUCCAGCAGGCCUAUCUAGAAGUUGCUCGUCAGCUGAGGAUUGACCAUUUUGACCCCGACAAGGAGGAUGUGAAGGGGGUUGUACAAAGGCAUCUGAGCCAGCCACAUAGUGGCCGGUGGUUGUUAAUCAUUGACAACGCGGACGAUAUUGAUAUGUGGACCGAUGGAGGGCCUAAUUCAAUCAGCAUAGGCCUUCGAAGCUUUCUGCCCAAGAGUGAUCAAGGAGUUAUUAUCUUCACAACGAGGAGCACUCGGGUCGCUCAAUAUCUAGCUUCGGCCAAUACCAUAGAGAUCCCGGAGAUGGAUGAGACAAAGGCUUUGGAACUUUUGACAAACUCGCUUAUGAACAAGAACCUCCUCCAGGAUACCGACAGCACGCGAAAGCUGCUUGAACGACUGACAUACCUGCCAUUGGCAAUUGUGCAGGCCGCUUCAUUCGUCAAUGAGAAUAACACAGACAUUGCCAGCUACGUUAGGCUGCUUGAUGGUCAGGGGCAAGAGGCCAUUGACCUGUUGAGUGAAGAGUUUGAGGAUGAGGGUCGAUACAAGAGUAUCCGCAAUCCAAUUGCGACUACUUGGCUAACUUCCUUCAUGCAAAUACGACAGAAGGAACCACUGGCUGCUGACUGCCUGGCCUUCAUGGCUUGUAUUAAUGCAAAAGAUAUUCCCGUCUGCCUUCUGCCGGUACCCGAAGGAGUUGAACGAACGAAGGCAAUUGGAAUUCUCAGCUCCUACUCAUUUAUCCACACAUCCCAAGCUGGCUCUCGGGUCGAGAUGCAUAGAUUGGUACACCUAGCGACAAGAAAUUGGCUUCGAUCAGCCAACUCUCUACAGCAAUGGCAGGCCCGCUCACUGAUAAUUGUGAAUGAACAUUUCCCGUUCCCGGACGUGGUGAAGCGAUAUGAAUGGCGCGCAGCAAUACCUCACGCUCUACAAGUCCUACAAUCGACGCCGACUGAACCUAGCACUGGCGAGAGAGCCCAUUUAACACAUAUAGUUGCUUCCUGCCAUGCACUUGAUGGAAGAUAUAAAGACGCAGAGGAACUAUUUUUGCAAUCAGCGGAAUGCUCUGAGAAAAUGUUUGGUCCCGAUGACUGGCGUACUCUGAGAAACCGAAGUUCUCUUGCAUAUGCAUAUCAAACCAUGGGACACCUGCAAAAAUCGAUCCAGAUGUUUGAGGAGGUUUUGGAAGCCCACCAGCGGAUUGGGGGCCUUGACAAUCCUGCUGGAAUGGAUGCUAUGGCUAAGUUGGCCAGUGCUUAUCGGCUAUCUGGAAACCUGCCAAGGGCUGAAGAGCUCGGUAACAGGGUUGUGAAGUAUUACCUGAACGUCUUAGGCUCUGAGUCACGAUGCACUUUGGAGGCCAUUUUCAACAUGACUCUCAUUUAUUACGCUCAAGGGCGACUUUCCGAUGCAGAAAAGUUAGCGCAGCAAUCGUUAUUCAUCAUGAGAAAGUCCCUCGAUCCAGACAACCCACUCACGAUAUCUGCCAUAACAUGCUUAGCGGACAUUUACAUGCAGAGAGGGAGGCUGAGGGAAGCUGAGGAGUUGUACACUGAGGGUCUAGAGAGAGGUCGGCGAAUCAAUGGCCCUGCUCACCCAAUCACAAUCCGGGACCUUCAUCAACUGGCCAUGUCAGCGAAACUACAAGGACGACACUCUGAGGCCCUUGCUUUGAUGACUGAAUGUUGUCAACUGAAAGAGCAAGUAUUGGGCACGGAUCACUUUCAGACCGUUCAGAGUUUCGUGCUCAUCGAAAGCUGGACAACUACAAAGAGUCUCACUUCACGAAUGAGGUCUCGGUUCAGUUCAAUGGAGCGGUCGGCCGUGAUGCUUACACGUCGACAACAAUAUCCUCGUGUAGAAGUCCUCGGUGGCCUGUAUAAAGCCCGACGACAACCGAAGGAUGACUCGCUUAUUCGUGAAAUUAAGAAAGCCAUCAGUGAUGAUCAUGUGAGCAAGCAUAUGCUCAGCGACUAG